UGCAGAGCAGGUGUUUUCUUUGAGGGAGAUAUCGUUUCCGUUUAGAGGAAACUGCAAGUGUAGUUUUCUUGUUGAGCAAGCGUUUCCAAAGCAUAACAUAAUGGAUAACAAUUCAUCACCAUUAUAGCUACUUUUACGCGGAAGGGAUUUCAACCGAAAUGUUGACUUUUGCCGUAUUGUUAUUGGUGAUUUCAUUAAUCUUAGACGUGCAACAACUUUGUGCGACGAAGGACGGCAAAGCAUGUGCACGGAGGGAAUUUAAGGGUAUCAGUGAGGGAAACCAAGCACUGCAUCCAUCGAAUCUUAUCUCAAAUCAUACCAUCCAUCUUUUGGGAGAGUGUCACAUUCUCUGUAUUAAUCAAGACAAUUGCUAUGGUUACAACUACAGAGUGAGACCAAGCAACCUUUAUACAGCAAACUGUCAGUUGAGCAACAGCACGUUGAAAAUGAACGAAACAAAAAUGAAGAAUGGGCCAUGGAUUUUUUACGAAGACAUUUUGGUCACCGCCACCGGAGGCCUCACUAGUUGUCUGGACAUCAAAAAGAAAGGCUUAAGUCAUGGAGACGGAGAAUAUUUUAUUGAUCCAGACGGAGAUGGGGCUGGUAAACCAUUUCAAGUAUACUGUGAUAUGAGCUCGUUCGGUGGAGGAUGGACAAUGUGUUACACGACGGACAGUCAUGUUAAUAUCAAAACUGAACUUCUCACCACACCUGCUCUUGGCUAUCGUGCAGAUUGUAAUAACAUAUUGUUUACAGGGGUGAUGUUUGUGGAUGAAGCGUCAAAACAAAAGGCAGCCUUCACGAAUGGAGGCUCACCUGUGACAUUUACCGGCAAUUAUGAUAAGGAUGCAAAUGCUUAUGGCUUGUGGACGGCGCAAGGUGUGGCCACAACACAGUACAAAUACCAAAUGUUGAUAUGUGACACAACGUUCUACAAGGGACUGCACUUCUCCGGGUUCACCUCAAACUGCUACAAAAAGUGUGAUAGCUGGUGCGGUGAUACGUCCUCAACGUAUUUUCGGACGUCUACUGUCUCAGACCAGCAUUAUAACGGUGUUGCAUUAAUGAAAAAGGCCACUACCCAAAAACCAAAACGGCUCAUCAGUGUAGGAAUCCGUUGA